CAAUUUUGGAGUGGCGGGCGCCCCUUGCUCCCCUCAGUCUGGCCGAGAGAAGCUAGUCGUUGGUGCACAGUGCUUUGUGAGUGCCACACUGUGCAGCGGCCACCGGUCUUGUGCUGGGGACUGCUGACCUUGUGGCUGCGGCUGACAGCGAGCUCCAGAAGCCCAGCCCUUUGAUGCCUGCUGAAUUAAGGACCUUUUUCUUCAACCUUUAACAAGGGCGACUGAUUGUUUUGUUUUUCUCUUGCCACUAGUAUGUGCACAAGUAAUUGAAAUUUAUUGUGUAGAAAAUAAAACUACUGGGCCAACUGCCAGGAAAGCAAGAGAUCAUUUUGUUUUUGUGGAGGUUCAGGACUUAAUUUCCUAAGUUCUUGAGGCCGGUUAUUGCAAUUCGGGAACUAGGACUGAGCGAACCUGGAUGAACUGGCUCUCUAUUGCCGGGAAGGAAUUCCCAAGAAAGCACAUGCAAUUAGGGAUAAGAUAUUAGAGGGUCACAGUAUUUACCAGCUAGAGGAUGUUUGCAGUGAGUAAUCGGAAAGUAUUCAGUGUACCUCUUAAUACCAUGUGCUACUGUAAAAUAAAGGCAAUUUUAAAAAGAUCAAAGACUCGGGUGCCUCUUCGAAGAAACUACAGCUCCCCAGCAGGUGUAAUAGGAAAUGAUGUCAAAUCCCUUCACUCCAUCAUUAGCCCUCCGAUAGAGAAAAUCCGUAAUAUUGGAAUUAUGGCUCAUAUUGAUGCAGGCAAAACUACUACCACAGAACGAAUUAUUUACUAUUCUGGAUACACAAGAUCAUUGGGAGAUGUCGAUGAUGGAGACACAGUGACGGAUUUCAUGGCUCAAGAGCGAGAGAGAGGCAUUACCAUCCAGUCAGCAGCUGUGACAUUUGACUGGAAAGGGUACAGAGUCAAUUUGAUUGACACUCCAGGUCACGUGGACUUUACCUUGGAGGUUGAACGCUGCCUGAGAGUGUUGGACGGUGCAGUGGCCGUGUUUGAUGCCUCUGCGGGUGUAGAGGCCCAGACUCUGACUGUGUGGAAGCAAGCUGACAAACAUAAUAUACCCCGGAUCUGUUUUUUAAACAAGAUGGACAAAACUGGAGCAAGUUUUAACUAUGCCGUCGAAAGCAUCAGGGAGAAGUUAAAGGCAAAGCCUCUGAUUCUUCAGCUGCCGAUUGGUGAAGCCAGAACUUUCCAAGGAGUGGUGGAUGUAGUAAACAAAGAAAAACUUCUCUGGAAUUCCAACUCUGGUGAUGGAAAAGACUUUGAGAGAAAGCCCCUCUUGAAAACAAGUGAUCCAGAAUUGCUGAAGGAGACUAUUGAAGCAAGGAACUCCUUAAUUGAACAAGUUGCAGAUUUGGAUGAUGAAUUUGCUGACUUGGUUUUAGGAGAAUUUAGUGACAAUUUUGAUUUGGUACCAGCUGAAAAGCUACAGACCGCGAUACACAGAGUGACGCUGGCUCGGGCCGCAGUGCCUGUGCUGUGUGGGAGUGCCUUGAAGAACAAGGGUGUGCAGCCCUUGCUGGAUGCCGUCACUAUGUACUUGCCGUCACCUGAGGAGCGCGAGUAUGGCUUUCUGCAGUGGUAUAAGGGUGACUUGUGUGCACUGGCAUUUAAAGUACUGCACGACAAGCAGCGAGGACCCCUGGUUUUCCUGCGCAUUUACUCGGGCACACUGAAGCCCCAGCUGGCCAUCCAUAACGUCAACAGAAACUGCACGGAGAGAAUGAGUCGUCUGCUUUUGCCAUUUGCUGACCAGCAUGUAGAGAUCCCUUCCUUGACUGCUGGUAACAUUGCUUUGACAGUUGGUCUCAAACAAACUGCCACUGGAGACACCAUAGUCUCUUCCAAGUCCAGCGCCUUAGCUGCAGCCCGUCGAGCAGGAAGGGGAGAAAAGAAGCCUGGGAAAAACAAUGAAGCAGAGAGUCUGCUGUUGGCGGGGGUGGAGAUCCCAGAACCUGUUUUCUUCUGCACCAUAGAACCCCCAUCAGUGGCUAAGCAACCAGAUUUGGAUCAUGCCUUGGACCGCCUUCAGCGUGAAGAUCCCAGUUUGAAAGUGAGGAUUGAUCCUGACUCUGGACAAACAGUCCUGUGUGGUAUGGGGGAGUUACAUAUUGAGAUUAUUCAUGACCGAAUCAAGAGGGAAUAUGGCCUAGAGACCUAUCUAGGGCCUCUGCAGGUGGCAUACCGGGAAACCAUCUUAAACUCAGUUCGUGCCACAGAUACCCUAGACAGGACUUUAGGCGACAAGCGGCAUUUUGUGAGAGCAGAACUGGAAGCCCGGCCAGGGGAAGCACCGUCCAGCAGGGCUGUGAUUGAGUAUGCUGACUGUGUCAGUGAAGACCUAGUGCAGGCCUCCCAAGAGGCCAUUGAAAAUGCAGUCCACAGUGCAUGCCUCCAGGGACCUUUACUUGGAUCCCCAGUUCAAGAUGUGGCAAUAACGUUACACUCAUUGAUGAUUCACCCCGGCACCUCCACAACUAUGGUUAAUGCCUGUGUCUCAAGAUGUGUCCAGAAGGCCCUGAAGAAAGCUGAGAAGCAGGUGCUGGAGCCGCUGAUGAGUCUUGAGGUCACAGUGACUGGAGAUUACCUCAGCCCCGUCCUGGCAGACUUGGCCCAAAGAAGAGGGAAUAUUCAGGAAAUUCAAACUCGCCAGGACAGCAAAGUUGUUAUAGGAUUUGUUCCUUUGGCAGAAAUGAUGUUUUUUUUAUUAGGGAUACUCAACUGUGCUCCGAACGCUGACUUCAGGCUCGGCUACUUUUGCCUUAGAAUUCUCUACUUAUCAAGCCAUGAGUCCUCAAGACCAAACUGCUCUGCUCAACCAGAGAAGUGGUUUGGCCCAAGUGCUUUAGGUCCUUGGAAACACGGAAAAAUGCCCAGAAAAAAAACAUGUACCUGCUUCGUUCUCAGUAAGAGUGAUGUUUUAUUCAUUGGCUGGUAAAUUACUGCUUUGGUAUAUAAAAAGAACUUGACAAAAGACGUGGAUACUGGCGUCAGAGCUGCCAUCUGAUUGUGUGUGGAACAUGCUUUGCUGUAAUGCACCUCCACUCUGUGCCCUGGGUGGAUCCCUUCCCUCUGUUGCUGUGGCAAACAACCUGUCCAGGGCAGCUUAUGAAAGGGUUUGGUUUUGGCUAAAGGUUCCGAAGGAGAGUCCGUAAUUGCAGGGACAGCAAGGCAACAGGAAGCUGAGAAAGCCCACCUUUAACCUCAAACACGGCAGAGUGAAACCAAAAUGAGGGCCUGGCUGUGAGCUCUCUAGUCCAACCAGUGAUGAACUUCCUCAAGCAAGGCUGUAUUUCCUGGACCUCCCCAAAUAGCACCCACUGGAAAGCACAUGUAGAAGGCCUGGCCUAUGAGGAACAUUGCUCAUUUAAAAUUUUCUUUUUACAUUCUUUCCUUGGAGUGUUUUGACUACAUACAUAUUUGUAUAUCAUGUGUGUGCCUGAUUAUACCUGUGAAGGUCAGAAGUGAUGUGAACAUCCCUUGAACAUCCCUUGGAGCUGGAGCUAUGGAUGUUUAUGAGGCACCAUGUAGAUCCAGGAGCUGAGCUCAGACUCAGAAUCUGUAAGAGUAGCGAGUGCUCUUAAAUGCUGAGCCUCCUUUGUAGCCCAGCAGUUCUCAGUUAAGCCGUCACAAUGAUGAACGUAUUCAUAUAGCCCUUUGGAGUAUUUGAGUGAUAUCACAAAGCUUUUCCUUUUAUUUUUUAAGCUGCUCAAAUAAAAGAUGCCAGUAUUCGA